AUGGGCGAAGAAAAACCGGUUGAAGAUAAAUUAAUACAAACCAUUGGUGAAUUUGGAAAAUGGCAGUUCCUUUUGGUGCUUCUUUUAUGUGUACCUGCAAAGUUGUCCGCUACUUGGACAUUACUGGGAAUAAUAUUCUUGGCACCGAAUACUCAAUUCAGAUGCGUAGAAAGAGCCAAUUCAACUCGGGAUAUAUCUAAUAACACGUGUUACAGUGACUGUAGCAAAUAUGAUUAUGUUACGGAUUUUGAAAUUACAAUAAUUUCACAAUGGGAUCUCGUGUGCGAGAGAGCUUGGAUGGUAAAUUUUUCUCAGACGGUUUUAAUGAUUGGUGUACUGUUAGGCAGUAUUUUCUUUGGAUUUGUGGCUGACAGGUUUGGAAGACGACCGGCUAUAUUAUUUGCAAGCAUCAUACAACUUACAUUAAGUUUAUCAAUUUCGUUUAGCCCCAAUUACUGGGUAUUCACAGCCAUCAGACUGUUUUUGGGAGCAUCGACAGCGGGCUUAAUGGCGGUGACGUUCGUUUUGACAGUUGAAAUUAUAGGGUCGAAGAAAAGAGAGAUUGUGACCACUUUUUACCAUUUGCCAUUCGCAGUGGGCCAGAUGAUACUACCACUUUUCUCGUACUAUUUGAGGAGCUGGAAGAGAUUUAGUUUCGGUUUGGGCUUAACAAAUUUGAUUUUUCUCCUAAACAUAUUUUUGUUAUCGGAAUCACCAAAGUGGCUAAUAUCUAUGGGAAGAUUGAAAGAAGCAAGUAAGAUUAUGAAAAAAGUAGCAAAAUUGUAA